AUGGCAGGUUCUGACGAAAAAACGUCCCUAUUCGAUGAACUUGCCUCUGAAAAAUCGAACGUUAUAUUUUACAACCACCGCAAAGCUACAUUUAAAAAGUGGUGCUUCGAUAGGGGCGACUCUCCUUGCUCAUCUGAAGCGUUAGCAAGAGCCGGAUUCGUCUUCUCUGGUACUAAAAGUGAACCAGCUACAGCAACAUGUGUAUUUUGUUUUAAGGAGAUGAUAUUUGAAGAGCAGGAUGACCCAUGGGAGGAACAUCGUUCGCAUACAAAGAAUUGCAGUUUUGUUGAAUUGAAUAAAAUCGAUGAAAAAACGUGGACAGUUCGAGAUUUCCUUUUCUUGUUGGCUGGCCGCAUAGCUGCGGAGCAGAGGCAAAUGGUCGCCAAGGAAGCUGCAAAUUUCUGGAACGCUGCGGAAGAAAUAGAACACAUGGGCGAAAAAGUUUUAAAAGCUAAAUAG